AUGGAGUCCAUCAUGAAUGGUGGUCGCCCGCACUUAGAAAAAGCACCUGCGGUGCUUUAUGCUGUUGUUUCAUUUCUUUUCAUUUCAACGACAUACAUCAACAUCAAGAUGUCGUCAGUCAGCACAUUAUUUCUAUUACUUCGUAUACCCGUCUGGAUCCUUGAAGUCCUCAUCGGCUUCUUAAUGCUCAAAAUCCAUUACACCGAUCCGCACUCAAAAGACUAUUCGAAGUAUAAAUGUUACGUCGGACCCCCUCGCAAAAUUUUUAUGCAGAGCACUUCGAACAUCAAACGUCUUGAGACCAACCAAAUAGACGACACUGUUUUUUAUAACCCGGAUAAUGCACUCGACUUUUGCUUAGAGUGUCAAACAGUGAAGUACCCUCGUGUGACACAUUGUGACAUAUGUAAUACUUGUAUAUUAAGAUAUGACCAUCACGACACUAUACUCGAGACUUGUAUAGGUCAACACAACUACGCAAUGUACUACGUGUAUGUCUUGGGUGUCGUUAUUGUCACUGGAAUCAAUUGUAUCCUCUUUUUCGUCAACCAAUUUUGUGCGAUGCUCUUUGACUUCCGUUUGCUGUUCCUCAGCUUCCUAUUUGCAAACGCUUCACUCCUCUUUUUGUAUUACCGAAAAUUGUACCUUUUAAUAUACCAACUCCAACAUAACUUCACACAAGCCGAAUCGGAAAAAUUCCAGAACAGCAGACUCAUUCGAUGCCCAUAUCACUACGACACCGGGGAUAUCACACUGAAUGUCAGAGACGCCUUUUAUUGA